AUGGCAGAUGGACGUAAUGGGUUUAAAACCAAAAUUUUAGAUAUCCCAGCUGUGAUCUUUGACAAUGGAUCUGGACUGUGCAAGGCCGGGAUUGCUGGGGAUAGCGCUCCAAGAUCAGUUAUUACAGCAAUUGUUGGCCGUUCAAAAGCCAAAGCAACUAUGCUUGGAGCAGGCCAGAAGGAGUACUACAUCGGGGAAGAAGCUCAGUCCAAACGGGGCGUUUUAUCGUUGAACUAUCCCAUCGAUCACGGCAUUGUGACCUCCUGGGAUGACAUGGAAAGGAUCUGGAGGCACGUGUAUGACUGUGAGUUGAGGAUCAAAUCCAGCGAGAGGCCCGUGUUGCUCACCGAAGCCCCACUGAAUCCUCUCCAGAAUCGGGAGAGGAUGACUGAGAUCAUGUUUGAGAACUUCAUGGUCCCAGCUAUGUAUGUUGCCGUUCAAGCCACGCUGGCGCUCUACGCAUCGGCCCGUACCACCGGCAUAGUCAUGGACAGUGGAGAUGGGGUCACUCACACAGUUCCUAUCUAUGAAGGGUACUGUUUACCUCAUGCAGUCUCCAGGUUGGACGUUGCCGGAAGGGAUAUCACUGAAUAUUUUAUGAGACUUCUUCUAGAAAGCGGGCAUUCCUUCGUCAGCACGGCUGAAAGAGAAAUUGUGAAGGACAUCAAGGAGAAGCUGUGUUACGUAGCUUUAGAUCCCAUCCAAGAAAUGAAAACCAAACCAGAGUAUCUUCUAAGAGAGUAUAAAUUACCAGAUGGAAACAUCAUCCAGAUUGGGAGUCAACUCUUCCGAGCUCCUGAGACCCUGUUUGCUCCCACCAACAUUGGCAUCGAUGCGCCGGGCGUCCACCGAAUGAUCUUCAACAGCAUCAUGAAAUGUGACAUUGAUGUCCGCCGAGACCUUUACGGCAAUAUUCUCCUUUCAGGUGGAUCGACUUUAUUCUGUGGUCUGGAUGAGCGCAUCUUACAGGAGAUGCAACUUCAGGUGCCUCUUGGUAUACCGGUGAGGAUUAUUGCUCCACCGGAAAGGAAGUAUUGUGUGUGGAUUGGGGCCUCCAUUUUGACUUGCUUGACAGCGUUCAGACAAAUGUGGGUCACCCUAAGUGAUUACAAUGAAUUUGGACCUGGCGUGGUGCACCGGAAAUGUUUUUAG